CGGAUAUGGAGUCUGUACAGCAGGAGGGGGAGUGUACUGACAGUCACCUCAUGAACAAUUCAGGAGGUGAUGGAUGAGCGCUUCACAUAGGAGAACCCUGAAAGUGGAAUAAAAUACAGAAACAUGAACUGCAGCAGGUGGAUUAGUUACGAGUUACUAGUUCAGUUUGUGUCUGGGUUCCAGUGGACGACCUCUCAGACCCGGACGCAGAAGCUUACCUGAACUUCAUGAAGAAACACACCUGCUACGACGCCGUUCCCACCAGCUGUAAGCUCAUCGUGUUCGACACCGCCCUUCAGGUGAAGAAAGCCUUCUUCGCACUGGUGGCCAAUGGUUUACGAGCGGCGCCUUUAUGGGACAGCAAGGUGAAGAGGUUUGUGGGUAUGCUGACCAUCACCGACUUCAUCAACAUUCUCCAUCGCUACUAUAAAUCCCCCAUGGUUCAGAUCUACGAGCUGGAGGAGCACAAGAUCCAGACAUGGAGAGACGUUUUCCUGCAGAACCAUCACCAGAGCCUCAUCAGCAUCACACCGGACGCAAGCCUUUUCGAUGCCGUCUACUCCCUACUGAGGCACAAAAUCCACCGGCUGCCCGUCAUCGACCCUCAAUCUGGCAACGUCCUGCACAUUUUGACCCACAAGAGAAUCCUCAAGUUCCUCUAUCUAUUUAAAACCACGAUCCCAAAGCCACGGUGUCUGCAGAAGACGAUUGAAGAGGUGGGAGUCGGGACGUUCCGGGACAUCGCCACCGUACAGCAGGCGGCGAGCGUCUACGACGCCCUGUCCAUUUUCGUGGAGAGACGAGUGUCCGCGCUGCCUGUGGUCGACGAAGAUGGGAAGGUCGUGGCUCUUUACUCAAGAUUUGACGUGAUCAAUCUAGCGGCACAGAAAACCUACAACAACCUGAGCAUGAGCAUGCGUGAGGCGGUGAGGAGACGGAGGUGUUACGUUGAGGGUGUCAUUAAGUGUUAUCCUGACGAAACACUGGAGACGGCGGUCGACAGGAUCGUUAGUGCUGAGGUCCACAGGCUGGUUCUGGUGGGCCGAGACGACAGGGUUCAGGGCAUCAUCUCUCUGUCGGACCUUCUGCAGGCCUUGAUUUUAUCUCCCGCUGGCAUCGACGCUCUGCCUCCCUAGCCGAAACAUGGGGGGUCGCCCCUGACCCUCUGUUCACUCGCUUCCUCCUUCCAUUCAUCAUCACAUCACAGAUAUUUCAGCACGAUGAGUCACGAUGAUCACACUCACGAAAUAAAGAAGAAUUGGAUUCUUUGUCAAGAAUAUCCAGCAUUAGAAGCUGCUGGAGCUGUCCACAGUCGAGCAAGCUGUACAUCACCAUGGACUAAAAGAUUGCAAACAUGUGGCAGAUCAUUUUUUGUUGUUGUUAUUGUCCAAUCGUGUCUGUUUGUAGAUGCCCAACCGCCUGAUAGAUCCCAACAUUUAUCGCUGCGCCACCCGAGCGCCCUGGUCUGAAAUGUGAAAUGCCGUUAUUAUUUAUACUUAUAUUAUAUUUAUUUUGAUUUCAGGUGAAUGAACCGCAUACCGAUGUCCACAUACUUUUAAGUAAGAUUGAAAUGUCAGUAUGUAAAAGAUUAAAGGGUAUAAUCUUUUAUCAUCUUUUAUAAAUAAAAGAUUAAGAGUU